UGGGAAAUGCCUGUGCAACAUAGGAUACGAGGAAUGGGGAGUCGCUUGCCAAGCCUGCCGGCCCGGCUUCUAUAAGGCCUCUUCUGGGAACGUCAAGUGCUCCAAGUGUCCACCGCACAGCUACACGCACCAGGAGGAAGCCGUGCACUGCGACUGCGAGAGAAACUACUUCCGUGCGGAAGAGGACCCCGUCUCGAUGGCCUGCUCUCGACCUCCAUCUGCCCCACGCAAUGUGAUAUCUGCCAUUAAUGAGACGUCAGUGAUUCUAGACUGGAACUGGCCGGCUGACAGCGGAGGCAGGAAGGACGUGAUAUUUAACGUGGUCUGUAAGCGAUGUUGGCCGGGUCCCAGGCAGUGUGAACCCUGCCUAGGGGCCGUGCGCUUCCUGCCCCGUGCCACUGGCCUCACUAACACGACAGUAACCGUAGUGGACCUCCUGGCACACACAAACUACACCUUUGAGAUUGAGGCCCAAAACAGAGUGUCCUCCCAAGCCCCCACGAUCCGCCAGUAUGCUGCGGUCACCAUCACUACCAACCAAGCAGCUCCAUCCGCAGUGACUGUCAUCAGGAAGGACCGAACAUCCAGAAACAGCAUCUCACUGUCAUGGAUGGAGCCAGAGAGACCCAAUGGAAUCAUUUUGGACUAUGAGGUCAAAUACUAUGAGAAGCAGGAACAAGAGACCAGCUACACCAUCCUGAGGUCAAAGGCCACAAACGUUACUCUGAACGGGCUAAAACCCGACACCACCUACCUGCUGCAGAUCAGAGCGCGAACCGCGGCCGGAUACGGCGGUAGCAGUCGCAAGUUUGAGUUUGAGACCAGUCCAGACUCCUUUUCCAUCUCCAGUGAGAACAGUCAGGUAGUGCUGAUCGCUGUCUCCUCCGCCGUGGCUAUCAUCCUCCUCGCUGUAGUGAUCUACAUUGUGAUUAGCAGGUUUUGUAGGUAUAGCAAGUCCAAACAUCCAGAUGAGAAGAGGCUGCCCUUUGGCAACGGCCACUUGAGACUGCCUGGCAUCAAGACUUACGUGGACCCACACACUUACGAAGACCCGAGUCAAGCCGUGCACGAAUUCGCCAAGGAACUGGAAGCGUCCUGUAUUGCCAUCGACAAAGUGGUUGGGGCAGGGGAGUUUGGAGAGGUGUGCAGCGGCCGACUGAAGCUGCCGUCUAAGAAGGAGAUCUGUGUGGCCAUCAAGACGCUCAAAGCCGGAUACACCGAGAAGCAAAGGCGGGACUUCCUCAGUGAAGCGAGCAUCAUGGGACAGUUCGACCACCCCAACAUCAUCAGGUUGGAGGGUGUGGUCACACGCAGUAAACCUGUGAUGAUAGUGACCGAGUACAUGGAGAACGGCUCUUUGGACGGCUUCCUGCGAAAACACGACGCCCAGUUCACAGUGAUUCAGCUGGUGGGCAUGCUACGUGGCAUCGCAUCUGGUAUGAAGUAUCUGUCGGAUAUGGGUUACGUGCACAGAGAUUUGGCCGCUCGGAACAUCCUGGUCAACAGCAACCUGGUGUGCAAAGUGUCAGACUUUGGCUUGUCCAGAGUGCUGGAGGACGACCCGGAAGCCGCCUACACCACAAGAGGUGGCAAGAUUCCGAUCCGAUGGACCGCGCCAGAGGCCAUCGCCUAUCGCAAGUUCACCUCGGCCAGUGACGUAUGGAGCUAUGGGAUUGUGUUAUGGGAGGUCAUGUCUUACGGAGAAAGACCUUAUUGGGAGAUGUCCAAUCAGGAUGUGAUAAAAGCGGUGGAUGAGGGCUAUCGUCUUCCCCCACCCAUGGAAUGCCCUGCCACACUUUACCAGCUGAUGCUAGACUGCUGGCAGAAGGACAGAAACAACCGGCCGAAAUUUGAGCAGAUUGUCAGUAUCCUGGACAAGCUCAUCCGCAACCCCAGCAGUCUCAAAAUCACGGCCAGCACUGCUUCCAGACCGGUGAAUCUGCUUCUGGACAGGACCAGCACUGACAUCACUUCCUUUCAUACAAUGGGUGAUUGGCUGGAGAGCGCCAGGACGUUGCCCUGUAAAGAUGCAUUCAGUGGGGUCAGCUACAGCUCCUGUGAUACACUGGCCAAAACUUCAGCAGAGGACUUCAAGAAAGUCGGUGUGACGAUCGUUGGGCCUCAGAAGAAGAUCGUGAGCAGCCUAACAACACUUGAAACACACUCAAAGAACGGUCCAGUUCCUGUGUAAAAUUAAAAACGAGUGACGGAAAUGAAAGACACUUACACGAGAUUGAUGCUGCUUUGGGUUUAACAGACAGGACAUAGAUAUUAAAUGAAAAGAUGAAGUGGAACUACAGUUCUUGAACACAUGUGCGAAGCAGAACAACCUUCCUGGAGAAAGAUCACGUCUUCCCGGGCACGAGGUGCAAAGGCGAUGAGCAUGUCUUCCAGCGAUUGACAUGUUGCCUUAUCGGCGAGAGAGGCGGAUGAGCACGGGUCUCAUGUUCAGGAGUCUACUGUCACGCUGCAUGACUUCUCCUAGAGGACAGAGGCCGGUCCGAUCCAAAUGGAUUUAACGAAGAGCUCUUCACAUGUGGCAGGGGAGCAUUAAAAAUCCUUCAGGAAAAAACUUUGCAAAAGCAUCCGUCUUCCUUUUGGAAGGUAGCACUUCAGAGAGGCAAUAGCUUGCGCCCCAGAGUUUUGGUGGUUU